AAAAUAAUAAUAAUAAAAGAUAAGGAAAAUUAAAAAAAAUAAAUAAAUAAAUAAAGGAGCAAACAAAAGCGUGGUCUCUGAGUCUGGAGACCACACAAACUGUACGAACAGUAAUGGCAGCCACUCCCUGGAAAUGCAGAAAAACACCAAAAAGGAAUUUCUGUUGACUCUUCAGAAGCUCACAGUGACACGUUGAAACAAGAAGGUUGAGUUUUCUCUCAAGGCAUUGGAACCCUUGCUGUCCCUGGCUCUCCACCUGCAUCCGCCUCCUAAAUCCCCAGAUAAGAAGAAGAAGAAGAAGAAGAAGAAGAAGAAGAAGAAGAAAGAAAGAGUCAGUUUAGGGCAAAAGCAAAACAAUUUCCUUGUAGUUUUUUUUUUGUUAUUUAUUAUUUUUUUCUGGUUUCUGAAUUAGUUGGGAAAACACCGCGUGAUUCGUCAAAAGGGGGAACAGAUUCGUAUAGAAUCCUGUAAAGUUUAAUUAUGUUUCACUUUGUCAAAUUCGAGGUGUUUGUUUGGAAGAAGUUGGUGGUGAGAAAUGGAUUCCUCGGAAGUUCUCAGUAAGAGGAAGCAGCAAUAAUAAUAAUAUUAAUAUUUAUAAUAAUUAUAAUAAUAAUAGCAUGGAGUAUAAUACUGGUAAUAAUAAUACCAGCUCCAGAGCCUCUGCGACUUUUCCGGUGGCCGAUCAUGAAGAUGCGUUGUACAAGGAACUAUGGCACGCUUGCGCGGGUCCUUUGGUCACCGUGCCUCGCCAAGGUCAGCUAGUUUUCUAUUUCCCUCAGGGUCACAUCGAACAGGUUGAGGCGUCUACCAAUCAAGUGGUUGAUCAGCAAAUGCCAGCCUACGAUCUUCCCUCAAAAAUCCUUUGCCGGGUUAUCAAUGUUCUUUUGAAGGCCGAAACUGACACAGAUGAAGUAUUUGCUCAAGUGACUUUGCUUCCUGAACCUAAACAAGAUGAGAAUUUGGUGGUUAAGGAAACUCCGCCCCCUCCCUCUUCACGCCCUCGUGUGCAUUCUUUCUGUAAGACACUUACAGCCUCAGAUACAAGCACUCAUGGUGGUUUCUCUGUGCUGAAACGGCAUGCGGAUGAAUGCCUCCCUCGACUGGAUAUGUCUAAACAACCUCCCAACCAAGAGUUGGUUGCUAAGGAUUUGCAUGGUAAUGAAUGGCAUUUUCGCCAUAUCUUUAGAGGUCACCCGAAGAGGCACCUUCUUCAAAGUGGGUGGAGUCUCUUUGUCAGCUCAAAGAAGCUUGUGGCAGGAGAUGCUUUUAUAUUCCUCAGGGGUGAAACUGGUGAACAUCGUGUAGGGGUAAGACGGGCUAUGAGGCAAAUGAGUAAUAUUCCGUCGUCAGUCAUAUCUAGUCACAGUAUGCAUAUUGGUGUCCUUGCGACGGCAUGGCAUGCUGUUUCAACUGGUACAAUGUUCACUGUCUAUUACAAACCAAGGACUAGCCCAGCUGAGUUUAUUGUUCCCUUCGAUGAAUAUAUGGAGUCUGUCAAGAAUAGCUAUCCUAUAGGGAUGAGGUUCAAAAUGAGGUUUGAAGGUGAAGAAGCUCCAGAACAAAGGUUCUCAGGUACUGUAGUUGGAGCUGAGGAUGCUGAUCCAGUGAGGUGGCCUGGAUCAAAAUGGAGAUGCCUUAAGGUGCGGUGGGAUGAAACUUCACCGGUUCAUCGCCCAGAGAGGGUUUCCCCUUGGAAAAUAGAGCCUGCUUUGGCUCAUGCUCCUGAUCAUCUUCCAGCAUGUCAAAUGAAAAGGCCCCGUGUAAGCGUACCAUCGUCUACGAAUUAUUCUCAGCAUGCAAUUGAAGGUUCAUCAAAAAUCAACGUAGAAACUUCGACACGGAAUGAAUUUUCAAUGGCCUUGCAAGGUCAAGAAAUCUUGACUCCCAGAGGUACCUUUGGUAGGAAUGAUGAACGAGAUACUGCACAGAAUGUCAAUUUGUGGACUGCAUCGCAGGGUCCAGAUCAAGCAGAGCCAAAUUUUGGUAACACUGUAUUUGGAACAGAGGACAGAGUUUCUCAAACGAGGCACAGAACUCAUUGCAUGAAUCAAAUAUUUGGUUCUCGAUCCUUGCAAGAAUCUUAUAGGGUGGGCUGGCCGUUGGUUGAUCAAAACCCUGUUAAUGUUAGCCAGUUGCGAAAGCAGGUUUCUGAUCAGGAAGGCAUAUACAAUUUGUCUGCAAGUUCAGAGUCCACCAUGCAUAGCCCCUCAUCUAAUAUGAUGGAAUCCAACAUGAAACUUUCUGUAUCAGAAGUUAGUGGUUUGCAAUACCAUAAGCCUGCCAAUAGCAGAUACAGGGCACAUUCGGAGUAUGAUGGACUGCAUGGAGUUGAAGUCAAGCAGCAGCCAGGGCAUUGGUUGUUGCCACUGCUGCCACCAUCAUAUCCUGAAAAUUCUAAUAAUCCUGUGGCACUGAAUUUGGAUCACCAUCAUAUGCAACAUGAAGAAAAAGGUAAAGGGACUGGCAAUUGCAAACUUUUUGGGAUCUCCCUCAUCAGUGGCCCUGAUGUGACAGAACAAGACAUGUUGAAUAAAAACUCCAUGCAUAGGCCACAAGUGCAAGCUGAUGUCACAACAGAGCACCACCAAGAUAUGGGAUCUGAGCAAGUGUUGGAGCGGUUGAAUUACUCGAAGUCUGCUGAAACUGCGAUUAGAGGUGAUGAUGCAGGGAAGCCUUUUCAAGUUUUAAAGCAGCGUUAUCUAGAUAGCCAGGUCAAGCACCAGGGUGGUUCAACAAGAAGUUGCAUUAAGGUUCACAAGCAGGGAACUGCUUUGGGGAGGUCUGUUGACCUCAGCAAGUUUAAUGGUUAUGAUGAAUUGAUAUCAGAAUUGGAUCGGAUUUUUGAAUUCAAUGGUGAACUGAACUCUCCUAAGAAGAAGUGGCUGAUUGUCUUUACUGAUAAUGAGGGUGAUAUGAUGCUUGUUGGAGAUGAUCCCUGGCAGGAAUUCUGUCACAUUGUCCGCAAGAUCACCAUCUACACCCGAGAAGAUGUAAAAAGGAUGGAUUUGCAGACCACAAAACUGGAGGAAAUUUCAGCUACUGCAGACCCAAGAUUAGGUUCAGAAGAAGACCGAAGUUUGGAUCACCCUUCCGCAGCUAGCCCUUACGAGGGGUAAAUUUUGUUCUACAAAUCUUGGAUAAGUUAGAAGUGCUCAGUUCUGAAGGCGAUAGUUUUAGAAAUUUGUUUAUUUUUAAGUACAGCUUACUUUUCUUCUUUUGCUUAAAGGAUUUGAGGGUGCAUAGAAGAGAAGGUAUUGUAAAUGUCCAAUUAAUAUCUAGAGUAUUGUGUAACGAGGUUAGUUGAGCUUAUAGAGAUAUUUUAUGAUUCA